GACUGUUCCUGCUGAAUUGUGCUUAGUACAGGGAAUACCUAUGCUGCCAUAGUUUUAUGGGAUCUCUCUGUACAGACUAUGUACAGAGAGAAUGAACAUUUAUAUUAUUCAGUAUCUUGUGGGGGAAGCAAUUGUCGGUGCAGGGGGCUCAUGGCAGAGAACAACACAUGGGACUCAAGGGGUGGAGGUUGCAGGGAGUUGUGGAUUUAUUUAGAAUGAUUGGGCUGUGGAUUUGUCUAAGGGAUUUAUACAUUGAGCCCCUGUUAAUUAUGGGCAGGUUCUUCCACCCUUGGGGUCCAGGAGGUUAAUAGUUAGGGCAACAUUGAGAGUAGAUUUGUAGUAACAAUAAGAACUUACCCUGGAGCUGUAGAAUCCUCUGCACCUAAACAGCAGCUCCUGUCGCCCUCCCUUUAUUUCUGUGUAUUUAGGGUCUCUGUCCUACGCUGAUCUUGCCACAACUAUCAAGAAGUUAGGGGGGCAUUACAUUUACCUUUUGGAGACCCUCUGCUUCAGUGUUUGACUAACAAGCUGCUCAGACUCACUUUCUGUAAGUGGAUUUAUUCCCAUGUAUCUGCCCUGCCCUGAGAGGGAACCAUUGCUCACGGAGGAAUCUAAUGUCCCUGAUUAUUGGCUAUUUUCCAGGCCUUCUCUUAGCCCAGUGGUGAGUUUGGCAUUUUGGGCAGUACCUUAUAGAACUGUGAGUAUCACACCGUCCCAUGAGUACGGGACAUUUAUUCAAAUGGAGAGAGGGAGCUCUGUAUAAACAAACUGUUCCCUAAGCUGCAGCCUUUGUUAGGCUAUGAGAUAAGAAAUAAUGUGUUACACAGGGACUACAUACAGGGGUUAGGACAUUGUUUUGUUGAAAUCUCAAUAUGAAUAUACAGAACAGACCCCUCAUGGAGCAUGAGAAGCAUUUCUAGGUAUAACCCAACUGUUGAUUCUCAUUAAGGAAUUGGGUGCAGGGUUUUCACCCCUUGAUAAAUAUGCCCCAUUGUCCUUAUCGCUCAUCAUUUCCCUGAACUGCUGGAGCAUCAGCUGGUCGGCCAAUGUCCUGACAGCUUUCUCUGCCACGAAGUUGAUUGCCAAUAGACUCGUCAUCUUUCCUGGGCUGAUUGCACUCUCUGCAGGUUAGUCAAGACUCCUCCCAUAAGAGGACACAUAAUGAUUCCAUAUAUGCUCAUCAGCUUCCUUGCCAGGAGUGACCUCAUCAUUGUUGGAUCAUAAAUCUUCAUCAACUUUAAUGAUGUCAUCACCUGCCCUCUUUGGCAAGACCCAGGCAGGAAUCUCCUUCCUUUCCAGUUAUGAUGUCAUCAAUUUGUUUCAUUGGGCGGGGCUACAAACACCACUGGCUGCCAUGAUUGGGUAGAUGCAGCUCCUCAUCAUUAUGGGUCAUGGAAUAAUACAUUUGCCCCUCUGUUAUUUCAUUCUUUGCAAAAUGAACGCGGCUGCUCUGAUGUUCUUCUGCUUAGGAAAGAUGUGAGAAAAGGAAUCUGAGGUAGAAAUAGGGACUUGGCCAAGACAGGGCCAACAAAACCACUGAAUGAUCAAUAGCCAAAGGCAGAAAAUAUAAAUGAGAAGAGAACAGGACAGCUGGAAUCCAUAUGGAGAUGGGCUUAUAUAAGGAGCCAACGGGCAACGACAGUCUCCAGCCACUUCUUAUACGUCAUUAUUAUAUUUGGCUGACGUUCAAAUUGCCUGUGGGUUUGUUCAAGUGGGCGUGUCUCACUCAGAGGGGGGAGUGGUUAACUGUAGUUUUUGGUAAGAUAUUUAGUAUAUAAGGAGGGGGGUCCGCCUGAAACAUCUAAUCUCCGGGAUCUGAUUGGUCACAGCCAUGAAGGGGACUCUGAUUGUGUUAGUGGCAUUGGCCGGAGCCUGGGCUGCACCUCAAGGAAGGGAACCCGGGAGCAAAUGGAUCAACGAUUACGACAAACCCUUUUCUUUCCAGUGUCCCGAUCAGCAGAGCAUCGACUUUAUUAUAAGAAGCUGCUGCAGAAGAAAAGCGCAGGAGCGGAAGGCGGAAUCCCAUAUCCAGGAACAGCACCCGUAACAGCAGCUCCAGGAGAAAUGUCUCUAAGAGACUGGAGCAGUUCUAUCGCAAAGUGGAGCAGGAAUCUCAUAGGGACCUGGAGAUGCUGAAGCACCUGAAGGAGCAAAAUCUCCAAGUUCUACGCUUGGCCGUGGUCCGAGCCUUCCCUAUCUGUUCCUCCUCCUCUCUGGACUACCGGCCAGCUGAAGAUUCCAGGGCAACUGUUCUAUACACUGCUGCCUAGCAACGCUGGAAUUCCCACAUUGUGUUCCAAGCCUCACUUUGGCGCUGAUUGGUUGAUAUCAGUAAGCCCCGCCCAUCACCGAGGAGCAGGAGCUGCACGUGGAGCAGGUGAGGGGGAGGUGGCUGUAAAGUUUCAGAUGGGAAUAUUGGGGACAAGAGAAGAUAUUCGAGGACACAGAAGGGAUUUUCGUGUGCAGGAGAAGAUUCUUUUUCGGGGUCUCAGCCAGAGAAGAACGAGUGACAUUGGUAUAAAACAUCCCAACACUCUUCGUUCUCAGUUUGGAGCGGGACCUCUUGGAACUGCGUUAUAGAAUGAAAGAAAAUUGCUCCCUGCCAAUGUAUAACCUUGAUGAUGCUCCUGACCCAGUUGCCAAGGAUCAAGUAGUCUGAGUCAGAUUUGCUAUGGAUCGCGGUGACGCCAAACUCAAUGGGCAGUUGGAAGCCUCGUUCCCCCGCUGUUUCUGUCAUGGCUAAAGUUACUGAUCAACUCGCAGUUCAAGAGCUCAAGUGGUCGAUGCCCGAGGAGGGCCCAACCUGAAAGCAAUGAGGAUACGUCCCAAAAAGAUCCGACCCUUUGCCUCGCGAAGGCAUCAAAGCAAGCAGGUGGCGGAGCUGAAGAGCGGUAUCUCAAGUCUAUACUGUGGAGCAUCGAGCACCUCCCCAGAGCAUUCCUCGUCCUGCAGCAAUCACUCCCAUACUGACACCGACACUGAACUCUGCAUCCAGCACCGACUCCGGCUUCUCUUUCCUAGACCCCGCCUACUGGAAAAGAAGUUGCUGCAGAAGAAAAGCGCAGGAGCGGAAGGCUGAAUCCCAUAUCCAGGAACAGCCCCGUAACAGCAGCUCCAGGAGAAAUGUCUCUAAGAGACUGAAGCAGUUCUAUCGCAAAGUGGAGCAGGAAUCUCAUAGGGACCUGGAGAUGCUGAAGCACUUGAAGGAGCAAAAUCUCCAAGUUCUGCGCUUGGCCAUGGUCCGGUAGGAAGGAGGGAGACUGGGAAUGUGCUGUUGGUGUGUGUUUGUGUGCACGGCACCAGAAUGAUUGCACCCCAAUGAACAGAAGUCUGUACCCCUAGAGUGUAUGAGCAACUGAAGCAUCAACCAAAAUAUAAAUCACUUGGUGCUAAGGCCAACUUAAAGGGCUGAAACAAUAUUGGCCUUUAAAUAAAAUUGUAGCAUUAAUACAGUAGCACAGUUUGCAGUUGUUCUUCAUUUAUUUAUGGUUUGCAGUUUUGAAAUAAUCUAGCAUUCUCCUAAUGAACCGCACGGUGUCUGACAAGGAAGUGACACUCGUAUACCCUCUUUAUGAUAUGGACACAAAACAUUUUAAUUGGAUUAAAAGAUCACAAAUAUUUCAUAUUAAACUAAUGUCCUUUGCUAUAUUGUAUGUACAUUAUCAUAUAGAUUCCCUUUAACACAAGGGAUUAAAAUAUAAAAGGAUUGUCGGCCUUUUUUUCCCUUCACUCAAAUGUGACCCACUGUAGAUUUCAUGUUGCUGGCAGGAGGUAACCCCAUUGCGGACAACAUGGAAUCUUCCUACGGAUACUGGUCCAUCUUUCCCAUCCUGAGACAUGGCCUUCCAUUCCAGUAGUUGAAAGCUCUGGUUCCGGUAUCAUGGCUAGAUCAUUAGGGAAACAGCAUUUUUCAACAGGAGAGGCAGAGCCACCUCCAAAAUAUCGACCUCCAGGUCCUUCCAGAACCAUAAUGGCAAAUAUCACCGACGUAAAGUUGCUCUGGAGCUUUACCUGGAAGGGAAGGAAGUUGUAUUGGGUUCCCAAGGACUCUCAAAACAUUUGGGUUGUGUUAAGGUUUUAAGGUUUUACACAAAGGUUUUCCAGAGUCUAUGGAAGAGCAGAAGGUGGUGGUGAGCAACUUAUACAUGAGAAUCCGGAAAACUCGGGACAGCAGAACUACCACUUACAACUGCAGUGAGACGGGAAAUUAGUAGCUAAUAACAAGUGGGACUGGAGGAGGCAGCUAACCUUUAUCAAGUUUACAGCAUCAAGGCACCGGUGUGCAACAAGACCCUCACUCACACCAGACUGAACCUGCAGACGCUGAGCCGGAAGCACUGGCGUAAGAAACGCACCGCUGCCAGGUCGGCCGUCAGGAAAGUAGCCUGGGUAACCAAGCGGCACUCCAAGGGACAUUACAGUGGCCACAAGAAGGCGAGACACGUCUGGGUAGUGGCCAAGAGACCAAAGAAAGCAGAGAGAAGCCUUCCCCAGAGGGAUCCAUAGAGCCAGCACAAACCCUGCUCCACCAGCCAAUGCACAUACAGCUUCCACAAUGCCUGCCCAGAGCCUGAGAUUGGAGCCUAAGCCCCUUCACAUGCUGUCAGUAGAAUAGCCAGGGAGGAGAAAUCGAGCACCACAAGAUGGAUGGUCGCCCUGUCGACUUUUCUGAAGAGGAGGGGAAGUGGAGUUUCGCUAAGUUAUUUCUUAAUAAAGGCUUUGCAAUUUAAAAGUUUAAUUUGUCUUGGUGUUUAUUUUUUGUUUUAUACUAACGAAUCUUUUAACAAAAAUUAUUGAUGUUACUGGUCCUUUAAUUGGGAUCAGCACCUACUUCUGUUACAUUCUUUCAUGAGUCAGAACUGGCAGUGCCAAGAUUAAAAACCGCAGAUUGGCUUUGCUUUCAAUUGUAAUUACAUUUUCACAUAAAAUCAUUUAUAUAUAUAUUUAUAUAGGGCAGCCAUCAGGGGGGAGAGUUGUAGGGGGCCCCGAGGGUAAGGGGGGCCCCGGCCACACCACACUUACUUGAUUAGCCGGGCCCGCCCAUCUUGAGAAAAAAUAUUGAAUGUAAAUUGGAUUGUAUGUUUGGGUUUACUUCCCCUUUAAUAUUACUCAAUCAUCCUUCCCAGCUAUCCAUUAAGGUAGAUACUGAACAUAGAGGUUGAGGUUUUCUUUAUUCUAUGGCCCUGGGCUCUCCGGAGUUGCACUAUGCAGGAAUACACGUGGCUUCAAUUUAGACAGGUUCUUAGAUAAAGGACAAAGGCAUCGGAUUUGGGAUUCUAUUGUUUGGCUCCACCUACCCCAAUCUUCUUUGCCCCAAAGAAGAUUGAUUUGUUUCUGCUUUUUUUUUUUUUUUUUAACCUCCUGUUCGUAGACUGCAACUCCCAUCAUCCUCAGCCAACCAACAGCUGAAUGUUCACUUUAACUACUGCCCAUUUUAGAAGAUAUUCAGCAGUUUAAUCGGCCCGUGUAGGGCCACCUUUAUUUAGCACAGAGUAAGAAAUAGGGCCCCUUAGCCAAGACAGGGCCAACAAAACCACUGAAUGAUCAAUAGCCAAAGGCAGAAAAUAUAAAUGAGAAGAGAACAGGACAGCUGGAAUCCAUAUGGAGAUGGGCUUAUAUAAGGAGCCAACGGGCAACGACAGUCUCCAGCCACUUCUUAUACGUCAUUAUUAUAUUUGGCUGACGUUCAAAUUGCCUGUGGGUUUGUUCAAGUGGGGGUGUCUCACUCAGAGGGGGGGAGUGGUUAGCUGUACUUUUUGGUAAGAUAUUUAGUAUAUAAGGAGGGGGGAAACAUCUAAUCUCCGGGAUCUGAUUGGUCACAGCCAUGAAGGGGACUCUGAUUGUGUUAGUGGCAUUGGCCGGAGCCUGGGCUGCACCUCAAGGAAGGGAACCCGGGAGCAAAAGGAUCAACGAUUACGACAAACCCUUUUCUUUCCAGUGUCCCGAUCAGCAGAGCAUCGACUUUAUUAUAAGAAGCUGCUGCAGAAGAAAAGCGCAGGAGCGGAAGGCGGAAUCCCAUAUCCAGGAACAGCCCCGUAACAGCAGCUCCAGGAGAAAUGUCUCUAAGAGACUGGAGCAGUUCUAUCGCAAAGUGGAGCAGGAAUCUCAUAGGGACCUGGAGAUGCUGAAGCACCUGAAGGAGCAAAAUCUCCAAGUUCUACGCUUGGCCAUGGUCCGAAAGGGAACCCGGGAGCAAAUGGAUCAACAAUUACGACAAACCCUUUUCUUUCCAGUGUCCCGAUCAGCAAAGCAUUGGCUUUAUUAUAAGAUUUGGAUCCAGUGUCUCUUUGUCUCUUCUCAACAGGUUGUUCCUCCCAGAGCUGCCGGCUUGAAAGCAUGGGACGCUGAGUUCCAGAGAAGACCUGAACCACUUGAUGAUAUCUUGCAGCCUCAGCACUUUAAUCUGGUUAAUGAGUCCGGAGUUCCUCUUUGUGGCUUCACAUGAGCCGGGAAAAUAUAGAAAAACAACUUUUGGCUGAAUAAUCUAGCUAUUAUUAAUCUUUUAGCCAUUUGCUGAUAAACAGACAUAGAUUUAGUUGAUCAAACAGGGUCUAUUGCCCUGGUCCAAGCAGAGCAUAAGCUGUAGGUAGUGUUAAUAGUGCUACUGUGAGACAGACCAGUUGUAGUACCACAGAAGUGGAUGGAAUGGAUGCUGAUUGGUAUAGAAUUGGUUAAUAAGGUCUGUCAGCAGCAGAGUGACCACGUGAGAUGGGGGAUGAUCUGGAUGUCCCUGGAUACGAAAACGGAAAUGAUGUAAAGUGAAUGGGGAGGAGGAAAGAACUAUAUAGUAAAGGGAAUUGGGAAUAUCUUUCUAUUUGGAAUCUGACCUCCUAGAACACAGGACACUGUAACAAUGCUAGUAUUUGGUAACCAUGCAGGUAAAGUUAGUAUUCCUUAAGACUAUUUUAAUAAGUUGUGUCAGAUACAUUAUCCAGUAAUGUAUUUAUUGAUGUUGUGUAUUAUGCCUUAUUGAAUAAAGUAGUGGUUGUAGAAAGCAAGUGUGAACUCAGUCUUUACACUUAUUUUGGGUUAAUACAAAUCUUAAUAUUUAACGGGAAGAGCAAGAUAUCAACAGUUGGGUAACA